CUUGGUAAAAGAGUCUCUCGGUUUGUGAAAACGUCAAAACUUCAACAACUCACCUACAGUAUCGUAUUUCCCGCAGUUGGUCAAGUGAACAUUAUCCCCAUCCCGCCCUAUUCUGUCACUUUAUCCUUCCUUGCAUUGAGGCUGAAACCUGGUCUUUUCUUUACACCGUGCCUUUUGUCUUUCUGUUCCAUUAUGUCUGAAGCUCAGGUUCCUGUUUGGCUGGACUGUGAUCCAGGUCACGAUGACGCUUUCGCCAUUCUUCUGGCUGCUUAUCAUCCCCAGAUCAGAUUGCUCGGUGUCUCAACGGUCUUUGGCAAUGCAUCUCUUGAAAACACUACGCAUAAUGCUGCCUCCAUCCUCACCGCCAUUGGUAUGCAUGAUAUUCCUCUGUAUAUCGGCCUGGGUAAAGCUCUUGAACGUCCUGCCCUUCAUGCACCAACGGAUAUCCACGGUGUUUCUGGAUUAGAUGGCACCGACCUUCUUCCUGAGCCACUUGUAACCCCCUCUACCAUCCCGGCUGUUGAGGCGAUGGCGGAGGCCUUGCGUGCUCAACCCCCUGGUACAGCGUGGAUUGUUGCAACGGGUGCCCUGACGAACGUUGGAGCCCUGCUCCGUGCGUAUCCAGAGCUUGUCAGUCACAUAAAGGGUGUCAGUCUUAUGGGAGGCUCUAUUGGCGACAAUUUCUCAGAUGCACCGCUCGGCGAAGUUGAUGGUCGCCCCAGAAUCGGAAACUACACGCCUUGGGCUGAGUUCAACAUCCUCGUUGACCCAGAAGCUGCUGCUACGGUGUUCCAUACCAAAGAGAUCGCUGCCAAAACUACGAUUGUGCCCCUCGAUCUCAGCCAUCAGGUGUUAGCGACAUCGGAGGUGAGAGAGAUGCUGUUGUACGGCCCCGAUGCUGAGCGAACAGGUCCGGGGAAGACAACCCUCCGUACCAUGCUUGUUGAGCUCCUCUACUUCUUUGCUCAAACAUAUGCUGAUACCUUCGGUAUUACCGCUGGUCCCCCUCUGCAUGAUCCUAUUGCCGUUGCUGCUGUACUUAUCGGCACCGAAAGUGAGAUUCCAUUCUUCGAGUGGGACGCCAAGCACAGCCAGCCCCCUGAGCAUAACGAACGCUUCGAAGUCACAGUCAUAACUGAGGGCACAUUCGAAGAGGCUAAGGAGGGCAAGCAGACCGGUCGCACAUUGGCCAAGUUGCUUCCGCCAGGUCAACAAGGUGUUAGAAUUCCUCGGGGAGUCGACACUGCCAAAUUCUGGCAGGUUAUCGAAGAGUGCAUUGAGCGAGCAGACGCAAAAAAUGCUGCGCUUGCGCUUGCGAAGUAGUUUUCAGGGAAGAGUCAAGGGGCUAUAGUAGAAUAAAAACUGCGCAUGUAGGAUUAGAUAAUUGGACGACAUACUGCGUCAUGACGAAUCUAUCAAGUCUUGUUAUAGUCUAUAUUU